UUAUAUGAUCAAGGCAUAAGGGACGAGGAAGAUAUACCAGACAAUGUGAAUGUGCAAAACUAUGUGAACAUAAGACAAGGGUUAGGAGAAAGUGUUGUGCUGAGCGAUGACAAUGGUGAGAGUACUGCACACGAAAUUAAUGCACCAGAAUCUGAAAGUGCUCCAACGUCGUCCGAUGUCAUGUCUACAAGUCAUGAAGCGUUUCGGAAAGCUGCAGCAGAAAAC